CGCCGCGCCGCGGGGAGUUUCGCUACGCUCCCUGCCGGCCGCGCUGGCGGAGCGGGUAGUUUCGCCACGCUCCCGUAGUCCCCUCGUGGGGUGGCGGCGCGGUGCAUGCCGGGCCCGAGGCGGGCUGACUGUGCCCUGGCUGCGCGAGGAGCUGGGAGCCGCGCCUGCCGCCAUGUUCCGCCGGGCUGCCGCCGCCGCCGCCCGGGGCCUCUAGGCGCCCCGAGCCCCGCCGCGCCGCCCCACGCCCCUCUCCCCGCCGGCCCGGGGGCGGAGGAGGUGGACGAAGGCGCCGCCGCACCCAGCAGCAGCAGCUGACGCCGCCAGCGGAGCCCGGCAGCGCCCAGCGAUGUCCGCCAAGGAGGGAAGCAAGGUGCUGCUGCUGCCGCCGCACACCACCAGCGAGCGCGCCGUCAAGGCUGUCCCUUUUCCACCAACGCAUCGCCUGACAUCUGAAGAAGUUUUUGACACAGAUGGAAAACCCAGGGUUGACAUUUUGAAGAACCACUUGAUAAAGGAAGGUCGAGUUGAUGAAGAAAUUGCACUUAGAAUCAUCAAUGAGGGUGCUGCAAUAUUACGGAGGGAAAAAACUAUGAUAGAAGUUGAAGCUCCAAUCACAGUGUGUGGUGAUAUUCAUGGCCAGUUCUUUGAUCUAAUGAAGCUGUUUGAAGUGGGAGGAUCACCUGCUAACACAAGAUACCUCUUCCUCGGUGACUAUGUAGACAGAGGUUAUUUUAGUAUAGAGUGUGUGCUGUACUUAUGGGUCCUGAAAAUUCUCUAUCCAAGCACAUUAUUUCUUUUGAGAGGCAAUCAUGAAUGCAGACACCUAACGGAGUAUUUUACCUUUAAGCAAGAAUGUAAAAUAAAGUACUCAGAAAGAGUCUAUGAUGCUUGUAUGGAAGCUUUUGAUUGUCUCCCCCUUGCUGCUCUUCUAAAUCAACAGUUUCUUUGUGUUCAUGGUGGACUUUCACCAGAAAUUAAUACGCUAGAUGACAUUAGGAGAUUAGAUAGAUUCAAAGAGCCUCCAGCAUUUGGACCAAUGUGUGACUUACUGUGGUCAGAUCCUUCAGAAGAUUUUGGAAAUGAAAGUUCACCAGAGCACUUCAGUCACAAUACAGUCAGAGGAUGCUCAUACUUUUAUAGCUAUCCAGCAGUUUGUGAAUUUUUGCAAAAUAAUAAUUUGUUGUCAAUCAUUAGAGCACAUGAAGCACAAGAUGCAGGUUAUAGAAUGUACAGGAAAAGUCAAACUACAGGGUUCCCAUCAUUAAUAACAAUUUUUUCAGCACCUAAUUACCUUGAUGUCUACAAUAAUAAAGCUGCUGUAUUAAAAUAUGAAAACAAUGUGAUGAAUAUUCGUCAGUUCAAUUGUUCUCCUCAUCCUUACUGGCUACCAAAUUUUAUGGAUGUUUUUACAUGGUCCUUGCCAUUUGUUGGAGAAAAAGUUACAGAAAUGUUGGUGAAUGUUUUGAGCAUUUGUUCUGAUGAUGAACUGAUGACAGAGGGAGAAGAUCAAUUUGACGUAGGUACAGCUGCUGCACGGAAAGAAAUAAUCAGAAACAAAAUUCGUGCAAUUGGCAAGAUGGCAAGAGUCUUCUCUGUUCUCAGGGAGGAGAGUGAAAGUGUGCUGACACUCAAGGGUUUGACUCCCACUGGAAUGUUACCUAGUGGAGUGUUGGCUGGAGGACGACAGACCCUGCAAAGUGAUGUGUUCUGAUUGGAAACUAUUCUCAAAGUUUGUGUGCAGAAGAUCAAGUCAAAAAAUGGUAAGUUUUUUUUAUGAAACAACCUCCAUACUAGUGAGCUGUACAGUCUAUGUGUGAUGUUGUGAUAGAGCAGACCAAACGCAUGCUACUGAAGUACAACUGAGAUUUUACAUGGCAAACAAUAUGAUGGUACCUUCCUCCUUGUAAGCACUAAUGAAAACGUCUCAGUCUCACAAGACAGUAUAUCCAUGAUUUGAUACUCAGAUCUUAGUUCCCAUUACGAUUCUGACUAGCUGGAAUUGUGUGCACAGAGAAAAUACAAAUUCAGUCCUUGUGUGGAAGGAGCUCGCGGUAAUUGGAGAGAACAGCUUCUUGUCCAGCAGUCAGUGCUCUGAUUCCCCAACAGUAAUCAGUUGUAUGGGUAGUUUUUACCAGGUAUGAAGGCAGAGGUACAGUAAAGGAAACUUUCUGGGCAAUUUUUAUCAGUCUCUUCUCUCGUGCUGUGUACUUUCGUGUUGCCCUUUAAGCAAGCCCUCAGGUGACAGGAUUGUGUCUGUGGGCCUUCUCUGUUUAGGAAGUAAGUACUCAUUUUUUGCUGCUGUGUUUCUGAAAGGUGGAGCCUGCAGCUGUCUCUAAUUCUUUUAUUGUUGACGAGAAAAAAAAAUGUAUCCUCCCUUCCAGAAAACUGUAAGUAGUUUUGCUUUGUUUUCUGCUUUCAGUGUUUUAAGUGGGGGGAGGCUCUGUGUGUCAUUAGUCUAUUCUUGGGUUAGGAGGGGAGAAUGCUAGGAAAAUAAAUUUGUGAACCGAAGGAUGCAAGUAGCAAAGCAUGGAUGGUUCCUGGCUCAUGCCAGAGCAGUCACUGCUUUCUUCUGCUCCACUGCAUGGGGCUCAGUGGGCAACCCCAGACGGCUGAGAGUCCUGGCUACAUCCUGCCCUGAGCUGCUGGUUCUCAACAGCACCUGUAGUGCUGCGACCUGCAAUGAGGAUUCAGAGAUGGCUGGGGAUUGGGGGGAGGUGUUCCAGCUGCUCUGAGAAAUCUAAAUGCAUUUUAGUGAAACUGAAAAGCGGGCCUGAAAAUACAGAAUGUGUUUGAGUGUGGUGUUCUGGGGUCAUGCCAAAACAGGACUUCGUGCUGUCGGGAAGCUUGCUGCCACCUGGUGAGCCAAACAGGGAAGAUCAGCCUAAUUUACAUACUCUCCUUACAUUUAGUUAAAUGGUGAAUAUAAUAACCUCACCAUCUGAAAUUACUUAGUGUUAAAUAAUAGUUUUCCUUUCAAAGCUAAUUAAAUUCCAAAUUGUGAAAUUGAAAAACUUAAUUGUGAAGAAGAUUGGCCUUUUUAGCAAAAAGACAAGUGAUUGGGAUCGGGGAUACUUUUUUCUUUGAGGUAGAAUCCUGGUUUGAGUCUGAACAGUUUUUAAGAGACAUAGUCUCAUAAAUGGCUUUCUUUUUUCUAAUGUUUAAUCUUGAAACACCAUUAUAUUAGUUAUAUGUAAAAAUCAGGCUCUUUCAGAGGCAGGAUAGAUAGUAUUCGUCAUAGUAUUGUUCAUUCUUUUCUUGCCAUCGCUUCAUUCAAUUUUUAUUACCCAUUUAAUAAUUCUUAAUUAGUAGCAUGUAAGAAAAAUAACUUUUUGCCAUAAAACACGUGAAUGGCAUUAGGACAUAGAAGUCUCUUCAUCUGUUCGUUUUCUUGUAGUAACAGGAUGUAUGACCCAGAUUUAAUCAACAUUCUGCUUUGCAUGACAAAUAAAUUCGUGGGGAUAUUUGAGUUGCAUGAAAAGAUGCAGGUGCAUUAAAUAUGCUUUAAUUAUUAAAUGCAAAGUUUCUUCACAUGUAAGGAAGUUUGCUC